AAUGAAUGAAUGAACAAAGCGCACCUCUCCUCCACCAUCUCCGUUGAGAGGUUUUGCUCUGUGCUACGGCAGAAAAGAUGUGUAUAACUUUUGUGGAAUUCACAAAUUGCUGCCUUGAUAAGUCUUAGGAGGAGUAUCCCUCAUCUUUCUGAGUCACGGAGGAAUGGAAGGAAAUGAUAUUCUUGGUGACUUCAAAAUUGGAUCUCUCCCAACUUUAAUAUACAUUCCUGACUUCGUUACAGAGAGCGAGCAAACUGCGCUUCUAAAUAAAAUCUAUGAAGCUCCAGUUUCAAAGUGGAAAUCUGUUAAAAAUAGAAGGCUACAGAAUUGGGCAGGUGGUGUUGUCCAUGAAAAGGGUCUUGUUUCGCAAGAAUUGCCAUCUUGGCUGACAAAGAUUACACAAAAGGUGCAUGAUGAUUCAGGGAUGUUCCCUUUGCCGAUUAAUCAUGUUCUUGUCAAUGAGUACCUUCCUGACCAAGGGAUAAUGCCGCACCAGGAUGGCCCUGCUUAUUUUCCAGUAGUAGCAAUUCUAUCUCUUGGCUCACCUGUUGUUAUGGACUUCACUCCCCAUUUAAGUUUAAGAUUCUGCACAAGUACAUGGACAAACAAUGUUAAGGAUAGAAGUUCUAAUAAAGGAGCACUUGACAUUGAGAGAGUCCAAUGGUUGGAUAACCACUCUCCUUUUUCUGUGCUGUUGAUGCCACGCAGUUUACUGAUAUUCAAAGACAAAGCGUAUUCAGAUUACUUGCAUGGUAUAAAAGAUGUUGAGGUGCAAAGUUAUAAUGGAGUUAUAAAUGAAGUUGAAGCUGUGAAUGAGCAAGUAUUAGAUCAUUCACUGUCAAAAGAUGUCAAGAGUAUUCAAAGGACUACCAACAGAGUUUCUUUGACCUGUAGAUCGGUAUUGAAAGUUCAUAAAAAUCUGUUCAAGAUUUAGAAGAUCACAAAAGGAGGUACUUUGUUCAAUCUGUAUAAUGAGAACCGUAAGUUCAUCCUAUCCUCCUUUUUAUUCCAUUGUAUGAUUGCGUGGUUUGUCUGGGCUGCAGAUUGUGUAGCACAGAAGUAAUCUCUUAUAUUUUCUGUGAUUGAAAAGUUCUAUGUCAUUUGUCUAUAAGGGUAGCUACAAGUUUUCCUUCCAACUUACAUUUCAUCUUUCUUGUUACUUAGUCCAAAUUUAACAUGCAAAUUUAGUUUUCAAGAAUUUUGAUGUUCA